CCUCCCACCACCGCCUCUGUCUCUCUCUCUCCACGAACUGCCCAGGAGUGAGCAGCUGCUCUCAGACGGACAGCCUGACGGAAGACGGACGCACAGACUGCCCGACCCCCAAGCCUGCCAACUAGCCAGCCCGCGCCCAGCUGCUUCCCCUCCCCAGGCACGCCCACCAUGUGGCCCCUGUGGCUCCUCGCAUCCCUGCUGGCCCUGAGCCAGGCCCUGCCCUUUGAGCAAAAAGGCUUCUGGGACUUCACCCUGGAUGACGGGCUACCCAUGCUGAACGACGAGGAGGCUUCGGGUGCGGAAACGACCUCAGGCAUCCCGGACCUGGACUCUCUUCCUCCCACCUACAGUGCCAUGUGCCCUUUCGGCUGCCACUGCCACCUGCGGGUCGUUCAGUGCUCCGACCUGGGUCUGAAGGCUGUGCCCAAGGAGAUCUCGCCCGACACUACUCUGCUGGACCUGCAGAACAACGACAUCUCCGAGCUCCGGAAGGACGACUUCAAAGGCCUCCAGCAUCUCUAUGCCCUGGUCCUGGUGAACAACAAGAUCUCUAAGAUCCACGAGAAGGCCUUCAGCCCCCUGCGGAAGCUACAGAAGCUCUACAUCUCCAAGAACCACUUAGUGGAGAUCCCUCCCAACCUGCCCAGCUCCCUGGUGGAGCUCCGCAUCCAUGACAACCGCAUCCGCAAGGUGCCCAAGGGCGUGUUCAGCGGGCUGCGAAACAUGAACUGCAUCGAGAUGGGUGGGAACCCCCUGGAGAACAGUGGCUUUGAACCUGGAGCCUUCGAUGGCCUGAAGCUCAACUACCUGCGCAUCUCCGAGGCCAAGCUCACCGGCAUCCCUAAAGACCUCCCCGAGACCCUGAAUGAACUCCAUCUGGAUCACAACAAAAUCCAGGCUAUCGAGCUGGAGGAUCUGCUCCGCUACUCCAAGCUGUACAGGCUGGGCCUGGGCCACAACCAGAUCCGCAUGAUUGAGAAUGGAAGCCUGAGUUUUCUGCCUACCCUGCGGGAGCUGCACUUGGAUAAUAACAAGCUGUCCAGGGUGCCUGCUGGCCUCCCGGACCUCAAGCUCCUCCAGGUAGUCUAUCUGCACACCAACAACAUCACCAAGGUGGGAGUCAACGACUUCUGCCCCGUGGGCUUCGGCAUCAAGCGGGCCUACUACAAUGGCAUCAGCCUCUUCAACAACCCAGUACCCUACUGGGAGGUGCAGCCGGCCACCUUCCGCUGCGUCACUGACCGCCUGGCCAUUCAGUUCGGCAACUACAAAAAGUAGAGGUGGCGGCAGCUGCCAAGGUGGCUUGGGCGGGGUCUCUGGGGAGCACAGAAGAUGCCCUGAAGGGGGAGACAGAGCAAGGGAGUGAAGCCAGUGCCCAGCCAUGCCCAACCCAGCCCCACCCUUGAUGCCCAACCCCCACUCACUGCCCCCUGAUGCCUUCACCCUGGCUCCCAAGUGGGCAGUGGGGCAUGAGGCCUGACCCCCAUCACUGCUCCUUGGCUUCAGAGCUGCCCCUGCCCCUCCAUCAUAGCCACUCAGAGCCCCACCCCCUCCACCAAGCUUUCUUCCCAUUCACUCCAAAACCAAAUUGUCUGAGGCUCCAGUCCAAGGAAAAUGGUCCCCGGAUCUGGCGGGCAGGAGGGAGGUAGGGGAGAUGGAGAUAGCGGAUCCCCCUGAGCCCACCCCACCUGCCUGGCACAAUCCCUCCUUCUCGUGUACUUCCAGCUUCCAACCCUCCUUGGCCUGGCCUGCUACCCAAGUCCUCCCUGUCCCCUGCCAUCCUUCUGCAAGUUCAAGGCCCAUCCAUCCGAUCCUCCUUGUUCUACUAGUCCCUGGACCAGUCCUCUUUCUCUCUCUCUCUCUCUCUCUCUCUCUGUCUCUUUGUCUGUCUCUCCCUCAUCCUCCCUCUCCUCUCUCACAUCCUUGGGCUGGAUCUGGACCCAUUCUCACUGGGCCUCUGCCCAGCCCCUACCCAGGUAAGCUGCCCCCUCAAGCCUGGAUGAUCCUCGAAGAUGUUGGCAGGUGGAGGCACUGCACCCCCCAUAUGCUCCACAGUCAGGAGGGGAGCGCUGGACUCAGACCCUGGGAGUCUGCCCCUUGGGAGGGACCCAGCAUCCCGCCGGAGUCUCCAGUAUGCUUUUCAUUGUCCCCCCCAUGAUGGCUAAGUCUCCCCUCCCCUUGCCUUCCAGCCCCCAGUGUGGUGGGGGUUUCGAGCAAUCACACCCAGCUUGAGGAGGGGCUGCUUCUGAGGUCGGUUGUGUCUUUCAAUUAAAGAAACACUGUGCAGUA